GGAUUCGGUCACACCAUUUCCUCGAGCUCACUUCGUUCGCUGCGGAUUUUUUAUUAAUUUUUAACCGAGAUCCGCAAAUUGGCUCUUUUAGCCGGAAUUGCUUUAACAUAAAUUAGGCUGGUUAGGGUUUUUCAAAUUAAAUAUUUUUACCAAAAAUAAAAAAAAUAUUCAAACUUUAAAAUAUGGUGAAAGCCUAGCUGGAUGGAUACAUUCUUAAUCGGGAAAUUGAAAGAAAAACAGUGAAAAGUGUCGGCUUAAAUUGGCAAACAAAGUUGCUAACUGAAACGGCGAAAAAGAGUUAAAAAAAAAAAGAAAGGAAACCAAGUGGCAGUCUGUGCGGCGGCGUCCUUCGCAGGAGUGCGAGUUUUCCUGGCCCCGCGACAACGACGAGGGUGGAAAACUCAGGGAAAACGCGUGAAAAACCGAAACGAAAAUUGUGCGUGUGUGUGCAAAUAAUGUGAAUGUUAAAUUGGCAGGAAAAACUGCUACAUCUUCAGGUUUCUCCAUUCUCGAUUAAUAAUAAUUACAAGGAAUGUCCGAUCGGCGAUUUUUUGUGUUCGCACGGGAUGCGUAGCGGCAGCGGCGGCUCAAAAAUCCAGUUUCGGGCUGCAAGGCGUGUCAGGAUUGAAAUCGAACCACCACCACCACCAGCACCACCACCACCACCAACAACAACAACAACAACAACAACAUCAACAAAAAUAAAAACAAGAAGAGUGCAGUGGAGCGGCUGUUUUGAGUCAAAUUCGUUGCUUGUUGGCCCUUUCCUCGUUAUUCCUGUUUGACUUCAUUUCCACUGCUGAGCCGCUGCUGCACUUUCCCCAGCACAACACCAGCAACAACAACAACAAUAGCAGUCUCUUCAAAUCACCAGAAUUUCCUUCUUUUUUUUUCUCAAAAAGACAAAAUGUCGACGCGCUCGCAAUUAACCAAGGACCUCAACGAAAGCGUCAAGUCCAUACUGGGUCGCCACACCAAGAUACUCGUCAAGUAUAUGGUCAAAUUGGAGACGAAAGGCGACAAGACGGAGAAUCGUGUUCUGGUCUUUACGCCCGUGAGGGUAUAUCUGCUCAGUGCCAAGGUGCCCACCAAGAUCGAAUGCCAUUUCCACUACCUGGACAUUGUGGGAGUCGAGAGCAAGAAGCCCACCCAUUUCUCCAUUGUGACCAACGACAGGCCCUACUCGUUUGCCACCACCGGCGAUGCGGGCAGUUUCAGCUCGAACGCUGAUGUCAUUCUAACCGAUCUGGCCUCAGCCAUCAAGCAGAUUUUUCCAACAGUUCCUCUGAAAUAUAUAAUUCGAAAGAUCGAUAUCCAGCCGCCGGAGCGAGAGACCAUAUUCUCCGAGGAGUUCCGGCCAUCUGAUCCGCGCAAUGUGGGACCCUGCGGCGGAUUCAGUGCCCAGUAUGCCUGCAUGUGCGACUUCCAUGGCGUGCCCUACCGCGAGGAGGUGGCCUGGGAUGUGGACACCAUCUAUCUGUCGCACGACACCCGAGUGCUCAACCUGCGCGACUUUGACCACCUGGAGCCCAAAGACCUGAUGGCCAUCGUGUCCGCUUUGGAGUACAAUACAUUUUUUCGCGGUCUGAAGGCUGCCCACAUGCGACUGUCCCACGAGACCCUGGAACGCAUCCUGCACGUGCUCAAGCGUUCGAUGUGGCUGGAGGAGCUGCAUUUGGAGGCGCUAGGAUUAAGAUGGGAUUUCCUAAACAAGUUAUCGAUAUCUGUGAUAACGAAUAGCAAUCCCGCCAUUCGCACCAUUGAUCUGAGCCACAAUAUAAUUGAGGAUAAAGGAGCGAGCUCAUUGUGCGCCCUACUCGGAAAGAUUGUACAAGGUGCCAUCCAUUUGGCCGGACCCAUUGCCAAGGUGUCCAAGGGCCUGUGCAAGCUGGCCCUGGCCCACUGCGGCCUGACUUCGAAGGGAGUGAACCAGAUGUCCCACUCCCUGACGCUCAAUCAAAGUAUUUCCAACUCGCUCACGUAUCUAGACCUAAGUGGUAAUAGUCUCAAAGAUGAUAUAACCAAUCUGCACAACUUCCUGGCUCAACCCAAUGUGCUGGAGCACUUGGACCUGGCCUCGACUGACAUCACAUUGGAAAACUUGUUUGGAGCUCUUUUGCGCGGCUGUGCCACGCACCUGGCCCACCUCAACGUAUCGCACAACUCGUUUAGCACCAAAAAGGGCAAGGAGAUCCCGCCCUCGUUCAAGCAAUUCUUCACCAGCACCCUCAGCCUGAAGCACCUCAACAUUGCCGGCUGCAAGCUGCCCAUGGAAGCCCUAAAGAAUUUGCUGCUCGGCCUGGCCUGCAACGAAUCCACAGCUGGUCUUCAUCUAGAUCUCAGCGGCAACACGCUGGGCACCCAAGGCGCCCACGUGCUUGAGUCCUGCAUCCACGGAGUACGAGUGCUCCAAAGCCUGGACAUCAGCGACAACAACUUGGAUGCUGAACUGGCGCCCGUGCUGACGGCCAUCUCAAAGAACCCCUCAAUACGAACGCUAUACCUAACCCGCAACCUUACGGGCAUGAAGCCAAAGCACAUUCCACCCGUGAUGGACGCCCUGGUGAACCUCAUCCAAAAGGACGACUUCCCACUGGCCGAGCUGGUGCUGUCGGAGAACAAGCUCAAGCACGACCUGCACGACUUCAUCAACGCCCUCGGCAGCAACCAGAGCCUGCAGAAGCUGGACAUUAGUGGCAAUUACAUGGGCGAUGUGGGUGCCCGGCUGCUGGCCAAAGCCCUGCAGAUCAACAACCGGCUGCGGACCAUCUAUAUGGACAAGAAUGCGGUGACGCUGCAGGGAUAUGCAGACAUUGUGUAUGCCUUGGAGCACAACCACAGCAUGCGCACCAUCCCCUUCCCCGUGUUCGACAUCGCCCCGCAUCUGAAGAGUCAUCCGGACAAGACGGAUGCGGUGAUGCGGAAGAUGCAGGAGCUGCUGCAGCGCAACUGCAAUGGACUGAAGCGCACCAAUGGCCAGGGCUUCCGGCUGCAGCAUGGCUUCAUGCUGUCCUCCACGCACCAGCUGGUGGACAAGCUGGUGGCCGAGACGCAGGACACCAUCUCCCUGGCCAAGGGUGGCGGGGAUUCCGCCUCGGCGGUUCAGCGUCUCAUCACCGAUGCGGAGAACUGCAAGCAGCUGAUGCCCAAGCUGCAGGAGGCGGUCCGCAGCGACGCCCAUCCCAUCGAGAUGAAGCUGACCCGCGUGGCCAGUGAGCUGGGGUACACGAUCAAGAGCUAUCUGGAGGAGACGCUGGAGACGAUGAUGCGAACGGGCAUCGAGCAGUGUCCCAAGACCCUCGGCAACCAAAUAGUGGUGCAGGAUCUGCGAAAGGUCCUGGCCGAACGCCUGCUGGUGCCCGAAGACUUCCUCCAAAGCUGUUUGCUGAACAAUGCCGGCAGCGAGAUCAUGAACAAAGUUAGUGAAAUCGAACAAUCCCUGGCAGCUGCCAUCUCGGACCGGGCCACUGACGAAGUUUUGGAGGCUCUGACCCGCUAUCGCCGCGGCCUGGGCAUUGCUGAGUCGCCAUCGGUGCUGCUGGACGAGCCGCAAACGCCGGACAUUGUUCGCAGCCGCUCCAGUCAUGACGCGGAUGGUUUGAUCAUACGGCCGGGUGGACGAGGCUCUAUAUUGCCCAAACUGGGUCUGGAAUCGCCCACUAAAUUGGAAUAUCUGAACCUUGCCACUCCUCAUCUGGCCACCAAGCGACGCAGCGUUGCCCGGAAAGUGCGUCCCCAGUCUGUGGUAGAGAAUCUCAGCCUGGGUCACAUACCAGAUCUCCUGGACUCGCCCUCCUCCCACCGCUCCAGUUCUCAGCUGUCAACCCGAGCUGCUGCAGGCGCCGCUGCCGUGGCCGGUGCCACCAACAUGACCGACAGUAUCGCGGCCAUGGACGACGGAGGGGUAGACGAGUGCUGUGACUCCAUUACCGAGCUGCCCAGUGCUUCAUUCCAACUGCAGCACCUGGUCAAGGGGCGACCAAAGCGUGCCAAGACGCGUGCACCCACUCGGCCCCUGGUUAAUGCAGAGUGUGCCGGAGGCAGUCGGGAGAUUGGGGAGGGGCUGGAGCACUUCUUCCGGCCCGGAUCGGUCACACCCACUACGCUCACGCCUUUGGUGUCGCCAACGUCGGAGGAGUGCAGCUCACUGUCGUUUGUGGACAGUCCCACCAUGAGCCGGGAUGGAAACGGCCACAUGACCUCCGAGGAGACCACGCCUAUUCUGGAGGAGCGCCGGCCAAUCAAAUUGGAACGUCAGUCGCCCCUGCUCAAGAGUGCGUCCUGGGCCACAAGAUCUCGCUCCACCGACAAUUUGGAAAAAUAUUCUCCUCUGGUGGGACGCAAAUCACCGCUGGUUAAGAUGCGCACUGAAGGCGGGCCUGGCUCUGGUGCCGCAGGUGGUGGCGAGGAGACUGCCAUUCCCACAUCCAAUCUUUUAAAGGCCACUGCCCGCGAUGAUAAAAUGCGGUCGCCGAGCAGUGAUUCAAUUAAGAGUCAUGCCACAGGCGAAGGCAGCGUGAUUGUAAAGACGGGCAACGGCAUCCUGCGCACCCCGAUUGUGCUGCAGAAGCCACGACCCUGGUCGGUAGUCGGCAGCGAGCCGAAAGCCAGUGGGGAACUGGUCACAGGAAACGGAAAUGCUGAUUCCACAAAGACCACACCAGACAACCUGGAAGAAGAUGAAGUCGAGGUGGUGGCUUUUGGGGCAAGCAGCGGUGGCUCCAUAGUUGGCAUCACGCCUGGCAUAGCCUUAACCACCAGUACCAGUGGAGGUGGCAGCAUUGUGGGCAUCACACCAGGGGCUGCCCUGGAGAAGAAGUCUGUCCGCGAACUGGCCGCUGGACUCAACCGACUGGAACUUCCCCUCAAGCCGCCUGUUAUGCCCAGAACCCUCUUGAAUGCAGCAAAUGCGCGCACGAGCAGCACCUCCACCACCUCCACGAGCUCUUCCAAUGGAGGAGGGACUUCUUCGACAACAACCAGUACGUCUUCGACAGUAUUAAACACCCAGAACCAGACCCGUUCGCAAGUUGUGACAACGACCAGCAGCGAGUCCACUACGGAGCAGACCACCAGCAGCACUAGUAGCACCAGCAGCAGCAGCUCCUCGACUCGGCAGGAGCAGCGGCAUGCCAUGGCCUGUGCCAGUCUAAUCAGCAACGAAAUCCUGAGCAUGCGAAACGGCCAAUUGGCUGGAAAGUCGGGCAGUUGUGCGGAAAGUGGAGGCGUUAAGCGGAUAGCCGGCAAGGAGAUAUCCACACUUUUCGAGGAGACAUUAGUUGAAGAGCUGCAGCAGAGCAUGGCGAACCGACGCAUGUUUAGAGACUCGGCCUACACCAAGGAGGAUGUCGUUGAUUUAUAAGUGUUCUAGUUAUAUGCUCAACAUUCCCUCACACCGAACCCCCAGACCCAGAUCCGCCUGACCUGCCACAGAUGAUUGCGUGAUUGAUCGCCGGGGCUUGGAGAUGAUAAUGAUAAUGUUUAAGUGAUUUAGGCGAUGGCAAUGAAUGGAUAGAUGGAGGAUAGAUGGAUAGAUGCAACUUAUUCGUACUGAACCAUUAAUUUAUGUGCAAUGGCGCGUGUGUAUUGUUUUCAUUUGGCAAUUUUGAAUGAACGUGAUUUAUUUAUUGAUAUAUAACCUAAUACUUUUAUCCAAAUUUACCUUUGCAUAUUUAUAAAGAUGUUUUGUGUACUAUAUUUUAUAUUUUUAUGUAUUUUAAAUGAGUUAAGUGCCAAUAAUAUACAGAAUUAACAGAAGUCUAUUUUUAGCGUGUCCUAUACACCAACUUCAAUGAAACUAACGAAGAUAACGCAAUGAAUAUGAUAUAUACA